ACCCCUGGCUGUCCAGUGAGCUAGUGGUUACUGGACAGUUCGCCAGUGUGCCGUGAGAUGGUCCCGCGAUCAGACGUUCUGUCAAUCUUUACAUAUUUCCCGCCAACGAAUGCGCACGCCGUAGAAAGUCGCGCGAAACGUCGAAAGUUUUGUUUUUUAUUUCAAUAAAAUAUUUCGUUUUUAAUCUGUGGUGAGCAAGCUUCAAUAAUAAAAACGUGCAAUCAUUAAAAAGUGACGAUAAAAUGAUAUAAAGUUUGAAAGACUGUGUUUGUUGAUUCCGGAACAAAUUUAAGAUAAAGUGAAAGUAUUUUCUUCGUGGGAUAGUCCGUUCGAGGGAAUAACACGAAAGUUGUACAGAAAACAAUGGAUCACCUGUUCCGGCAACGUCGGAUUAGUAUGCCCAAGCGGACGAGUGAGCUGGUAGCGCUAGUGGCGGUGUCCUGCACUCUGUUCCUAUUUCUGCACACGCGCGAUCUCAGCACCAAGCUGCGUCGUAUGCAGGGCAGACUCAACGAUGACGUCACCGCCUUCAAUCAUCUCACCGACAGAGUCCAGACGGAUAGAACCGAGCGUGUGUACGCGUCUUCUCAAGAGUUCAAAGAAGCCCUCGAAGCUAUCAGAAGGAAUACUGGAGCGGAGCGCAGCAAACCGCAGAGGACGUUGGAGGCGGAAGAAGGAAGAUCACAAGAGGACAUUGAACAAGAACUGUUAGAUGAACUAUCGAUCCCUGAUCCCUGGGAGCUCAACAACACAGCGCGUUCAGAGAUAGAGUUGCUGUUCUUCAACCGAGUUCCAAAGGUCGGCAGCCAAACCUUCAUGGAGUUACUUCGAAGAUUGGCUAUAAGAAAUCAAUUUGGGUUCCACCGUGACACUGUGCAGCGUGUGGAGACAAUCCGGCUAGCGCCUGCGGACCAGCAGGUGCUGGUGAACGUGGUGUCCGCGCACGCGCCGCCCGCAUCUUACAUCAAACAUGUUUGCUACACUAACUUCACCAGGUUUGGCUAUCCGUCUCCUAUCUACGUGAACGUGGUCCGGGACCCAGUGGAGCGCGUCAUCUCCUGGUACUACUAUGUACGUGCGCCCUGGUACUACGUGGAGAGGAAGCGAGCCUUUCCAGACCUGCCGCUGCCGGAUCCCGCAUGGCUGAAGAAGGAUUUCGAGACGUGUGUGCUGAGUGGUGACCGUGAGUGUCGUUAUGUGGAGGGCGAGACGCACGAGGGCAUCGGAGACCAUCGCCGGCAGACACUUUUCUUCUGCGGACACGAACCGCAGUGCACGCCGUUCAACAGUCGGGAGGCGCUGCAGCGCGCCAAGCGCGUGGUGGAGCAGCAGUACGCAGUGGUCGGCGUACUCGAGGAUAUGAACGCGACUCUCCUCGCCUUUGAGCGAUACAUACCGCGCUUCUUCCAAGGAGCAUUGAACUUGUAUUGGGAAGAGCUGAACACGUUCAAUCGAAUCAAUAGAAACGCAUUCAAACCGCCAGUGUCGGAGGCGGUAAAGCAAAUCGUACGAGCGAACUUCACCAGGGAGAUUGAAUUCUACGAAUUCUGCAAACAAAGAUUGUACACACAACUGCGAGCACUAAGAGACCCUGAUAUCACUCUUCCCACCACAACAGUCAACAAACCAACGAGAACUGACUUCCUUGACAAUUAUUUAAGGCCCUAAAUGUAAUGAUAUUUAAUAUAUGUAUUUAUGUCCCACUAAAUAGGAACUGUAAACUUCUAGAAAAUUCAUUGGGGAAAUGCAAAAGAAUUGGGAUUCUUUCGUAAGACUGUUUAUACGCAAUGCAAUUAGACGACAUUUUACAACCUUACCAUGGUUUUCCACCAAAAAAAUAUGUUUUUGUACAGUGGAAACGCACAGAAGAGUUGUGUCUAAGUGUGUGAUUAAAAAAAUAUUAUUGAAUGUCUAGGAAAAUGUGGAAGGAAGAAUGAACAUACUGAGGCUGACAUUUUUAUAGGUUAGAAAAUUUGACAUCAAUUAAAAUAAUAAGGUUUCUCUAAAAAACAGACGA